AAUUACUCUAACUUGUUGGUCAUUCAAUGAGAACCUGCAAUGAUAAUCACAAUGAAAUACUUUCCGGCGAUAUAACUUUAUAUUCGCUUUGUCGCCUUUCAUGUCAUUACAUAUGCGACCCUGAUACCAAACUCUACCACAAGUCAAAAUCCAGAUUGGCGAUCGCCAAUCGGUCCGUUUCCUUUAUCACAGACAUGGCGACAUGACUAGCAGUUACUGUGUGGAGUUUUUCCUGGCCGGAUUGGCGGGCUGUGGAGCUUGCAUUUUUACCAAUCCCCUAGAAGUUGUGAAAAUCCGGAUGCAGCUCCAAGGUGAGCUGAAAGCAAGAGGACAGGCCACCAUUGUGUAUAGGAACGCACUGCAUGGUCUGUACACGAUCGCCAAGAGCGAAGGACUUACCGGCGUCCAGAAAGGACUAAUCCCGGGACUAUGGUACCAGAUGACGAUGAACGGUCUCAGACUGGGGACGUUCCAGAUUCUGACCAACCUUGGUUACACUACCACACCCACCGGCGAGUACUCCAUCCCCAGGAACAUCGCAGCCAGCGCAGUGGCCGGGGGUCUAGCCACGUGGGUGGGGAGUCCGUUCUACCUGGUAAAAACGCACCUUCAGUCCAAGGCGGUUCAAGACAUAGCAGUAGGGUAUCAGCAUGCUCACGAGAGUAUGAGCCACGGCCUUCUGAGCAUCUAUCGGACUUCCGGUAUAACCGGUAUGUGGCGCGGUGCACACGCGUCAGUGAUAAAGGUAAUGAUUGGCUCCGCCGUUCAGCUGACCACGUUUUCGUUCACUAGGCAGUACAUCAUUGGUAAGAAAUACUUCGAUCCAGAUGAUGGACGCAAUGCAUUAUUAGCAACGCUGGCCAGUGCCAUAACGAACACAUUGUUUAUGACACCCUUCGACGUUGUAGCUACCCGUAUGUAUAACCAAGGCGUGUGUUCGAAAGGAAAAGGUCUAACGUACACUGGCGUGUCAAACUGUUUCGUUCAGAUAUUCCAAACGGAGGGACUCUGGGGCUUCUACAAAGGAUGGGGUCCACAGUUCCUAAGGCUUGGUCCACAAACUGUCCUCAGUUUAUUUUUCUGGGACAGACUGCGUUAUUUGUAUAAACGGUCAUUCCCCUAACGAUUUGUAGAGAACGAGCUCGUUCUGUGAGCAUGUAUUUAUUAGAACCAACAAGGUAAUCAUCAUAAAUCCCGGCUGGACCCCUUGUUAUUGUCAUUUAUGUCUAUACGUGAUGUAGUUUAAUAUUCUAUUUCAAUGAGAAGGAUGGUUUUCCUCCUCUCGCGAACCCGAAGAGUUAUGGCAUUGAGGAUCUGCACUACAGUUGAUAAAUAAACUACCUGGAAAACAAUGAAACGCCCGUUAAACAGACAGAAUCCCCCAAUAAACCUCAACCCAAACAUCGCAGGGUCUUUUAACCUUGCAAAGUUUGAUAAUAAAUUAAAUGUUGUCAUCAUAAUGUUCUGUCGUAUCUCUUUUCAAAGUAUCAGGGCAUGUUUCAUCAUAGAUUAACAUGACUUUGUUUUCUAUUGUGAUAAAAUUAAUUUGGAUAAUUUUUCUUUUACUUGAUAGUAGUUCUUAUCAUGAUAUUCAUAUUUGGAGAGAGAGAGAGAGAGAGAGAGAGAGAGAGAGAGAGAGAGAGAGAGAGAGAGAGAGAGAGAGAGUAUUUGCAAUUUACUCUUCUGAAUUUUUUUAUUUUUUGUCAUUUUAAUACAAUAUCGAUUUCUCACUAUACUUAAUUUUAAAAAAUUGUACUUCAUAUAUGUAAACAAUGUUAUUGAUUUUCAAGUCGUACGACCUCAAAACAUACAUAGUUUGGGGAAUCUAAUUUUGCAUUUUUAACUCUUUACUCGGUGUAACCAGAAAGUAUAAGGUUCUCGGCAAUUUGGUUUGGUUGAAUAGAUCAUUGAAAGCUUAUUUAAUUGAACGAAACCUUAAUAAAUCACGAAGUCAGUGUUAUUGAAAAAAGAAGAAAUUGCAGCGUUACUUCCCCCACAAUACAACCAGAAAAAUGAGGUGUCCACGUUUUUUUUCUAAUUGAUUGGGUCUAACUUGAUCUGUUGAGCCUUAAUGAAGAACAGCCAUGAUAUCUUGAAUACAAAGACUGAGGGUUCUGGACAGCACUGCGUAGCGUUAUUGAUAGGGAUCCGUCGAGGGUCAAUGUAGCACAGUCAGAUCGGGGGUCCUUUGGUAUUUCAAUAAUAUCAUUACUGAACGACGAUUUAAGACGGAUCAUAGAGUUCUCCAAUCAAUGGUUUUGAUUGGCUAAGACCGUAAAGCCAAAAAGAGACCUAGUCUGCCAUAGAUUCCCUUUUCAGAGAAUGUUGUCGAAGUAUAACUUUGGUGGACCUUAUCUUGUUAAUCAAUCUCGCUAUAAACUCUGUAACAUGUAGCCCUGCCAAUAUUGAGCUUGGAUAUUAGCAAAACCAAGCAGCCCAAAUUGUUUUCUGUGAUUUCCAAUUUUGCUUCUAACUAGUUAGAGAAUGUGAAAUUUGAUCAAGACUAAUUCGCUUUAUUCAAUUACGACGAUUGUGCUUUCUGUUGUGAGUCUUUACGUCUAUGUUAAAAUACAGUUAGUAUCUAGAUGUAGAAUUCCCGUAGAAUUAAACUAGACAUCCGAGGCGCCGCCAGGCGGGCACCUGCUCUAUCCUUCGUUUCAGUGUUUCUUCCUGGAAUAAAGAAUAUUGGCUUUGCAACGCAGAAUCUGAUUUUCUUUCCAUUAGCAUAUUAAGUGUCUUGUUUUGUUCUGUAGUAAUUGCUCCAUAACAUCAUUAUUCAAACUUCUAAUUCUGAAUGACGUUUCCGAGGUUCGGGAACAAGGGAUGAUCAAUUUUGUCCUAAGAUUUUAAGUCAACGGCCAUCUUCACAUUACGUAAUCCCAGAAGGAAUUACCACAAAGAAGAAUCUUUAAUUAAACAAAAUGGCUUUUUGGACGAACUUUGCAUUACAAUUGAAUCUAGAAUUACUGGUAUAUUCGAUGUGUCAUGUACGGUUCUGAACGUUAUUGACAUCUGUAAUGUAAUCAUAAUCGUUUGACUGCCAUUCUGAAUCUAAACGGAUAUGCUUUAACCAAUUGUUUCUGUAUAAUCGAUACAAAUAGUUCACAUUGCAUCGGUUGUCACAAAAUCCUACAGACAUGUAUUUAUACAUAGUACACCAACCUGAAAGUUAAAUACACAUUAGGACGCUAAUUUAGUUAAAAAUGGAAACUCUUUAGUAGAUAAGAUUCACAAUUUAGCAACAUUCCUUUUGACUGAUACAUAAAAUAGUGUAGUCCUUUGUAUUUUGAAUUUUGUAUACCAUAGAUGCGAUCAUCCCAUCUUGUUUUUUAGUUGGACAAUGAAACUUUAUCUCGUUGCGUUUAACUGUCUAGUCAAAGAAGGGUAUUUGACUCAAUUGUAUAAUUGGCGAUGAAUGUUCAUGGUUCGAAGAGAUUUACAAACAAGUAAACAAACUCAAAGGAUAAACCUAUAUAGUCUAGAUAAGGUUCUAUAAACCUGCCAAAAGUGCUUAUGGUUCAGAUCUAUUUUAAGUUUUUCCCUUAAAUGAUUAAUCAGUCUGCUUAGGAAUAAAAAAAAAUCUAUAUUGAGUUACGUAAAUCUUUCAAUUGAUGUCUAUAGGAAUCAUUCCACUAAGAAACCAUCGUCUCAAGCCUUUUGAAGAACUCACCAAAAUUGAUAUUCCUAUUGAGUAUUUAGGGAGCUGAUUUUGAGGAUUACAUUUCUUCACACACAUUAACAAAUGUUAAAAGAAUCUCCAGAAUACAGAUAGAAGAAUGGGAUUAAAUUCUGAAAAAUGUUUUCCAGUGUUAUUUCAAAUCGACACAGUUCCUUCGAAAGUUAACGAAAAGAAACAAUAUACACUACCCUUGGGGUUUGUUAUCUAAUCACACUACAUAACCGCCCUGACAUUAGUUCAGCGCAAAUCUCUACUGUGCUCCAUUAUUUAUGGUUAUCUUAAAAACCUAAGUAACAUAUUAAGAAGAAAUAAAAAAAAAACGUACAGAGGGUGGAACGGGAAAAAAGUAAGAAGAAUUACGGUAGCCAAGAGAAUUCUUAUUCGAUAGUGUUUUUAAAUAAUUUAUUUCUUUAAUUCUCUUUGGUUGAUAUACUUAUUUUAGUUAAUUAAAGUUUGAAUCGAUUGAUUACUCAACCAAAGAAUUGAAUGUCACGAGGCGGUUCUACGAUAGAUUUAUACUUCAACCGUCUGACUCGCAACGUCAGAGACGAAGCGAUGUCUCAUAAGGGAUUUACAGAAAAGAACAACUUAAAUUUUAUUUGUUUUCCAGAGAUUAAUGUAUUGUAUCGUGUUGUUUUUCAUUUAUAUGACUUAAAUUCAUUGUAUAACUUA